AUGUCUCAUUCUUCUGGGAACAAUGGGGCGACCCCAAAGCCUAACUACAAUAAGCACUUCCCCCGUAGUUUCAUGUUGAACUACGGGGAAGCGCUGUCCAACUUGAGCGACGACAAGAUCCUGUGUCGCCUCUUCGAUUGGAAAUGUGAGUGGCUAUCAAGGCCCAACAUCGCAAUUUCAGAAAUGGCCAGUACCCUGAAGGACAACUGGUCAAACAUAAUGGCAUAUAGGGGAACGAUCUUUACUGAAGACUUCGUGGACGACCUGCGCAGGUUCAUUGAUCCGAUAACGGACGCCUUGAGACGGGUUGAUAACAAAGAUAAGCUGGACACGGAUCCACCAGAUGCCAAAGAUGUCCUCCAAAUACUCAAGGCCAUCAACUUCGAUCCCUGGGUGGAGGACCUGUUCACGGAUGCAUUCAACGCGGUGGGCCCAGUCUUAAUGAUGUCUAUCCACAUCUUAGUCAUCAAUUGUCUGAUGCAUAACCCUGACGCCUUCGCCGAGCGCAGCGUCCGGGCUGCAACAGCGGAAAAGUUUAAGGCCGAUCCAAGUUUCAAAAACAUGAUGAAGUACUUGAUCGACCAGAUCCUCAUGAGACGGAGGACGGUAAAACGCAGCACCAACGAUUGGGACUCGGCCGCAUACCUGGACGACGACAAAGAAGACGCCGAGCAGCACCGACCCAGCAGAUCCCGGAGAACCCUCAGUCAUGCCAACCCAAGAGGUAGUGAAUCUGGGGCAUCAACAUCCAGAAGACGUCUCCCGGUCCCUCAACCUCUACAGAGAGAGGCCCCAAAUCGAGAAGACCUCGAAGGUCUUUUGAAGUAAGCGGCAUUGCAGCCCUACCGGCCACAGACGACGAAGACGACGACCCACAGCCCAAGGGAACACAAAGAAAGAGAUCUAGGACCACCCCUUGGGAACAAGAAGAGCAGUUUUGCGAAGACGAUGAACCGUUCACAACCAAACAAAAGAAGAACAAGAGGCCACUGA